UUCCUCUUUACUCUCUCUCCCUCCCUCCAUCUUCAUGUGUGCAUGUGUGUGCUGUAUUCGUCUUUCCGGCUUCCUCUCUCUCGCCAAGAAGCAAAGGUCACUCGCCCUUUCUCUCGACUCAGCAUUUCUGUGCCACUCCACACAGGCGUGAGCAGCGCCCAGCAAGAACCCGGCUUUUCCAGUUCUAACUUCCGAGGGGGACGGAGCUGGAGUUCUUGAUGGAAUCCGUGUCCAAUGGGGCUGGAUUGGAAGUCCUGUGAAGAUAAUUCGUCAGGAUAAGUUUGUAAAUUCUUCCGGCAAACCGUCACAGCAUUCUGAAUUACUCAGACCAUCUCAUUCCAACUGUUCAUCAGACCGGCUGAAGAGAACAUGUCGUCACCUGACAUCAGCGCAGCGUUGUCACGGACAACACCCGUGUUCAAUUUGAGAGUAUGGGUCUUGAUUGCCAUCGGCAUUGGAAUCCUGAUGGCAAUUCUGUUCAUCUUAGUACUGUGGCUUUCCAUCCGAAGGAAAAAUAAGACAGAGAAAGGAUUUGAUGGUAUGUCGCAAGCAGAGAUACCUGUUGUGUCCAAGGAAAUCAACAUUGACAAAGGAGCUGACACACAAAGUAUGAAUGACGGUGAAGUGGCCUUCAUGCCAGUGCAUGAUAAGUAUACAAAAAUGAAGAACGUGGCGCUUUUGGCAGAGACUAGAUCUGUCGAUGUCGAUGCGUUCAGCCAAUGCAGCUCAUUGUACAAUAUAGAGAAGGCUGGAAGCUCAUACUCUGAAGAUUACAACAGUUCGGGUCCCAAGAAGGCAGGCAGUUCCCCAUAUGGAUAUGCGUCAGGUUCACCUCUAGUUGGCCUGCCAGAGAUGUCGCAUUUGGGCUGGGGGCACUGGUUCACCUUGAGGGACCUGGAGUUUGCAACAGGUCGGUUUGCGAAGAGCAAUAUCCUUGGAGAGGGUGGCUAUGGAGUUGUCUACAAAGGCCGACUCAUGAAUGGGACCGAGGUAGCUGUGAAGAAGAUCCUUAACAAUGUAGGGCAGGCAGAGAAGGAAUUUAGAGUAGAAGUUGAAGCCAUUGGUCAUGUUCGGCAUAAGAAUCUGGUGCGGCUUCUGGGGUACUGUGUUGAAGGGAUACACAGGAUGCUUGUCUAUGAGUAUGUAAACAAUGGUAACCUAGAACAAUGGCUUCAUGGGGCCAUGAGUCAACAUGGUAUCCUUAGUUGGGAAAGCCGUAUGAAGAUUCUCCUUGGGACAGCAAAAGCGCUUGCAUACCUUCAUGAAGCUAUAGACCCCAAAGUUGUACACCGAGAUAUUAAGUCGAGUAACAUCUUAAUUGACACUGAAUUCAAUAGCAAAGUUUCUGAUUUUGGGUUAGCGAAACUUCUAGAUUCCGACGCAAGCCAUAUUAAUACAAGAGUGAUGGGAACAUAUGGAUAUGUUGCACCUGAAUAUGCGAAUAGUGGGAUGCUGAAUGAAAAGAGUGAUAUUUACAGUUUUGGAGUUGUGUUGUUGGAAUGCAUUACAGCUAGGGAUCCAGUUGAUUACAGUAAGCCUGCAGAUGAGUCAAAUCUUGUAGAGUGGCUUAAGAUGAUGGUUAGCACUAAGAGGGCAGAGGAAGUCGUGGACCCAAGCCUUGAGAUUAAACCACCUAAACGUGCUCUUAAGCGGGCAAUUCUGGUUGGCCUGAAGUGUGUUGAUCCUGAUGCGGACAAGAGGCCGAAGAUGAGCCAUGUGGUCCAAAUGCUUGAAGCCGUUCAGAAAGCAUACCAAGAAGAUCUGAAGAAGCACAGCCAGAUGGGAAGCGUCGAUUUAGAGUCGCAGCAGUCGUUAGAGGAGCUGUCAAACGGUGCUGAUGCCUGAAUCUCUAGUUGUGAACAAGCGCAAAGCAAAUAGGAUACCUUAAGUUAUUUGACAGUAAAAGCUGAUUGCAUCUAUCUUGAAUACUUCAAUAGAGUGAGUGAAACAGGUUUACAAUUUGGUUGCAAAUAUGGAGCCGCUAAAUCCAGUUAGGAGCAAGCUGCUCAUUUCCGCAUUUUUUGUUUUUUGCUUUUCCAGGAUUGCUUCUAUGCUCCCCUAAAAGAGUUGCCCUACUCUUUCUUUUC